ACACCUGCGCCACGCAUGAAACACUUCAUCGCGUCCUGGUCAGCGGCUAUUUGUGGACUCAAAUCUUAUUAAGCGACUAGACUGGCUGCGGCGCUUUGGGACUGUGUAUAUGUAGGCUCCAAGUAGGGGUUGAGGUGUGAGUUGGAGACGCUCGUAAGAGACGCAAGAAGGCGUGAAAGUCGGACUGCAGCGCGGUUACAGUCGCCUCGAGGUAUCCUGUCGCACCUUCCUCUUUUAGCCUGUAUCCCAUUUACUCUGCAGUCUUUCUGUUGGGUCAAGACGCCAUUUUUUCUUUCUGAGGACGCUAGUUAUUUUCUGAAGGCAACACAACAGCGGCGGGACCAUGCUGACACUGCUGACGUCCAUGUAUCUUGUGGUGCGGGCUGUUUCCCACCAGGCUGAACCAAUCCGUGUUGUGGUGACUGGUGCUGCUGGCCAGAUUGCAUACUCCCUGCUGUACAGCAUCGCAAAGGGAGAUGUGUUUGGGAAGGACCAGCCAAUCAUCCUGAUCCUGCUGGAUAUCCCCCCGAUGCUGCCCGUGCUGGAUGGGGUGGUCAUGGAGCUGCAGGACUGUGCUCUCCCACUGCUGAGAGAGGUCAUCCCCACUGACAAGGUGGAGGUGGGCUUCAAGGACAUCGAUGCCGCCAUCCUGGUGGGCUCCAUGCCCAGGAAGGAGGGGAUGGAGAGAAAGGACCUCCUUAAAGCAAAUGUGGCAAUCUUCAAGACACAGGGAGCUGCUUUGGACAAGUAUGCCAAGAAGACCGUAAAGGUCUUGGUGGUUGGAAACCCUGCAAACACAAACUGUCUGAUUGCCUCCAAGUCUGCUCCAUCUAUCCCCAAAGAAAACUUCUCCUGUCUGACCCGACUGGACCACAACAGAGCAUGCUCCCAGGUGGCCAUGCGUUGCGGCGUGUCCUCCAACAACGUGAAGAACGUCAUCAUCUGGGGGAACCACUCCUCCACUCAGUACCCUGAUGUCCAUCAUGCCAAGGUAAACGUCGGCGGCGCUGAGAAGGCUGCGUAUGACGCUGUGAAGAAUGACGCCUGGCUCAGAGGAGACUUCAUCUCUACGGUGCAGCAGAGAGGUGCCGCCGUCAUCAAGGCCAGGAAGCUGUCCAGCGCCAUGUCAGCUGCCAAGGCCAUCUGUGACCACAUGAGGGACAUCUGGUUUGGCACGAAGGAGGGUGAGUUCAUCUCCAUGGGUGUGUAUGCUACUGGAAACUCCUAUGGCAUCCCAGAAGACCUCAUUUACUCCUUCCCUAUCCAGAUCAAGAACAAGACCUGGAAAAUAGUGGAUGGGCUCCCCAUCAAUGACUUCUCCCGAGCCAAGAUGGAUGCCACAGCAGCUGAGCUGGUGGAGGAGCGAGACACAGCCCUAGACUUCCUGUCCCAGUGACUAUCGCCGUCUGCUGACCAACAGCAGCUCGUAAACCCUCCAAAAGCUGGCUGUUCUCGGCUCUGAGGAUGUCCUCCACUGUUAUGCCAUCUGAGCUGGAGUCUUUGUGUCACCUCUGAGUGUACAUGUGGGUGUGUGUGCGCUCGUGUAACUUGGCCCCUUCAUCAGGUUUCCAGAAAACCUGUUAUAACCUCCACAACCUGGCCUCCUCUGUGUGCAAGACACCUAGAGAAUGUCUGUUAGUAGAUGAAAGCACAGAAACUGUAACAAACCAUCCUCUCUUCAAUAAAACUAAGAAAUCUGA